UCCCAGCCGACACGCACACCGGCACACGCCGCCGCGCGGGACCUCCACGAGCGUGUCACCCCGGCGCACCCGCCGAGACUGCUGCGCCGCCGCGCCGCCGCGAGAAGGGCGGAGGUCGGCAAGGAGAGAGCAUCAAAAGGAGGAGAGGGAGGUGGAAGAGGCGCCCUGCCGCCACCGCGGGCAGGCCGGCGGCGGCGCCGGCGACAGAGGAGGACGUGGGCGAGGGGGCUGAAGGUGAGGCGGCGGGAAACCGCCCGGUGAGUCGCGAGAGCAACCCACGGGACGGAGGGAAAAGUGGCGGCGGAUUCCUUUGGUUUUCACUGUUUCGUUCCCAAAUCAGAUUCGACCGGGCAGGCAUAUCCAGUUCUCUCCCGGAUUGGGUUGGGGUGGGAAGGAUCUACAUCAGAACGCGGCCGGAGUAGCCGCCGGAGCUGCCGCAGUCUUGGUCUCUUUGAUUUGCAGCUCGGGCCGCCCGUGUGGUUGUAGCCGACCUGCUCUAAAGCUGUGGUGUUCGUCUCUGUCCAUCCACAAUGGAAGCUCCGGCUCCAGAUUGGUCCGGGCUACCAGCGGACAUAUUGAUCAGCAUAUUCCAGUUGCUCCAGUGCCCGGACCUCCUCCGAUCCGCCGCCGUCUGCACAUUCUGGCAAAAGGCGUACUCCACGCUCCGCCGCAGCGGCGUCUGCCCCAGUCGGCAGACCCCCUGCUUACUCUAUUGUACCGAGGCCGCCGGUGCGAAGGCUCUUGGCAUGUACAGUCUCUCCGAACGGAAGGACUACUCCAUGCCCCUCCCUGAACCUCCCAUCAGCAACUGGAUUGGUUCAUCACAUGGCUGGCUAGUCACCAUGGAUGAGAAGUCUGACCUGAUGCUUCUCAACCCUAUCACCGGUGACAAGAUUGCACUCCCUCCCGUGACAACCAUGGAGCAUGUUAAACCUGUCCUAAACGAUGACGGGGUUCUUGAAGAGUACAAGCUGUCUUUCUACCACGGAGAGCUUCCGAGGGUGGAGAGGACACCAUAUGGAUGUUCUUUGGAUAGGUGCGGUGAAGUUGUCUACAUAAAGGUGAUUUUAUCGUCUGAUCCAUCGACAGGCAAAUGCAUUGUCAUGCUCAUCCAUCAGCCGUACUGGCAGCUCUCGUUCGCCAAAGUGGGAGAUGCUCGGUGGAACUGGCUCCAAAUGCAUAGUUUCUAUGCAGAUUGCAUAUACCAUGAUGGCUGUUUCUAUGCAGUGACUGAAGAAGGUGCGAUCGAUAUGUACAAUCUAGAUGGACCAUCCGUCAUCCACAGAAGAAUUUUACCAGAUAUGGUUGACAUGGUCCAGAGGUACUACAUUGUUCAGGCACCAUGGGGAGAUUUUCUCCAAAUCUACAAGAAGCGGGGCUGGGAUCCUGAACGACCGGUUGGUGAGACGUAUGCCACCGCUUUUGAAGUGUACAAGGUUGAUUUUGUCGAGCAGAAGCGUGUUAAGAUGGCAGGGAUAGGUGACUAAACGUUGUUUACUGGGAAAAGCACAACGUCUUGCUUUAGCGUGAAGGAUCAUCCAGGCUUGAUGUCAAACCAUGUAUAUUAUACUCAUGAUGAUCAUGAAGAUUUAUUCGACUGCGAAGAUGAUCCCCGUGACAUAGGGGUGUACAACUUGGAGAACAAUACCAGGGCCAAGUUGGUUGAUCCUGAACCCUGGAGGACGUGGUUCCCUCCCAUAUGGUGCACACCCAACCUUGCAAAAGCAGGAUUCCCAGAUGAUAAUGGUGGGGCGCAAUAGGAUUAAGCCCGAAGACAACGGCCAAUUGCUUCCUGAUAUUCUGUCUUGCGGCAUUCUUUGCAUGGAGGGAGAUGUUGCCAAUGGACUUGACAUGUAGUACUAGUCAUGUAGUAGUGGCCUUUUUUCAUUGAUGAUGAUGAAGUUUGCCUCUGUGUAAUUUGCUUUCGAAGUUUCGAAUUUCAAGUGGGCUAUGAGUGAACUCAUCCCCGGUGUCCGAUGUUGUGUCGUCUAGGGUCUUUGAAAUUGACCGAAGCUGGGGCACCCCUUCUCUUCCUGUUACUAUGUACUCCUUUGAACUAAAACCAUGACAAAUGUUUUGGAACCGAA